AUGACAGACAGAAGUAAGGGAAGCUAUUCACAUUGUGGCGAGAUCAAUUUUGCAGCAAUGGACGAUGCGAAACGCCCCAUGCAUGAAGAGAAUAACGCUGCAGGGUCGUUGUUGCAGAAGUUCAAAGGCGUUGUGCCUCAACAAAACGGGAACUGGGGUGCACAGAUAUAUGCAAACCACCAGAGAAUCUGGUUAGGGACUUUCAAAUCCGAAAGAGAGGCUGCAAUGGCUUAUGACAGCGCCAGUAUAAAACUCAGAAACGGAGAGAGCCACAGAAACUUUCCAUGGAACGAUCAAACGGUGCUGGAGCCUGAGUUUCAAAGCCAUCACAGCGCAGAAACAGUGGUGAACAUGAUUAGAGAUGGCACCUACCCAUCACACUUUGCUACAUUUCUCAGCACUCGUCAAACCCAUCAAAGUGUUGUUGCCAGGCAGGUAAAUUUGAAUGGUCAUCGUGAUAAGGAGCAGUUUUGUUGCACCCAGCUUUUCCAAAAAGAGUUGACACCAAGUGAUGUGGGAAAGCUCAACAGGCUUGUCAUCCCCAAAAAGCAUGCAGUUACCUAUUUUCCUUACGUGUGUGGCAGUGCAGAAGCGCAUGAAGAAAAUGGGAGUGUUGACAUGGAGGUUGUGUUUUAUGACAGGCUCAUGAGAUUGUGGAAAUUUCGAUACUGCUAUUGGAAGAGCAGCCAAAGUUACGUGUUCACAAGAGGGUGGAAUCGGUUUGUGAAGGACAAGAACCUAAAGGCUAAGGAUACCAUUGCGUUUUUCAUGUGUGAAGCUAUGGAUAAGAGAAAAGAGGGUGACGGAGAAGCUUUUGGAUUGAUUGAUGUAAUUUAUAAUUCAGAGGAGAGAAGAAAGUAUUUUGAAGAGAGCAAGGAAGAUGCCAAACAUGUUUUUGAAAAUGAGUUGGUUUGCAGCGAGGAAGACGAAGACACCAAACAUGAAAACAUUGGAAAGGAUUUGAAUGCCAAAAAGGGUUUGAGGCUAUUUGGUGUUUUGAUCUCUUGA